AUGAUUGUAAAGAUUUUCGGAACAGAUGUAAACACAUAUCUGACUCAUGCUCAAAUUCAGCAAUUCACUCACCAAUCUCACUUUCACUACCACCUCAUUUCAUACAUCAUAUCCUCCAUCCUCAUCCUUACAUACGCAUACGCAAUACGAGCACGUCUGAGAUCCAAUUCGAUACUCUUUUGGAAACUAUAUUAUAUCAUGACGGUUUUAAACUCAAUUAGUCAAUGCUCACCAGCCAUGAAAAUUAUAUCACCAUACUACGAAGUCUUUUGA